AUAUGGCGAUGGCCAUCCCAAAUUUGCAAAUUUGACAAAAUAACUUGAAAAAAACAUCAAAAUGAGCGGCAGAGAACUUGCUAAUGUUCGGGCUGAUGACCAGAGUGGUGGAAAUGUUGGGUCUGUACCUGGAGAUGCCACAGACAUUACUGCUUGUCUUCCAACUUUGCAGUUUGAGAGUACGAUUCCAGACGACCACAGGGCCUAUCUCGGCUUGAGGGCCAGGUCCCAUGCAGUGGCAGCCACUAUCGCUGCACAGGCAGCUUAUUUUGCUAAUGUGUUGACAGAGGCCAGACAAGCUAGGGUGAACCUGCAAUACCAAGCCAAAGGUCGAGCGCAUCGCUUACUUCUUGAUUCAAUGCCAAGGGAGCCUCUCUACAUUGGUAUCAUCGGUGGAGGACGAAUGGGCUGUCAUAUUGCCAAUGCUCUUCUCACAUAUGGUGGAAUAAGACCAGAUGAAAUCAUCAUCUCAACCAGAAGGCCGGAAACCUUGAUGGAACUGCAGGAUAAGGGCGUCCGGUGUGUUGGUGACAAUGCUGAAGUGGCAGCCUGUGUCCAUCUGUUGUUCCUGUGCAUUCUACCAUCCCAGCUGCCAACAGUUGCAGAAGAGAUUAAAUCAUCCCUGUCAAUCCAGUCUCUAGUUUACAGUAUCUUGGCUGCUGUGCCUAUUCCAAGGUUAAAACAAUUACUAGGAUUUCAGUUUGUUUUGCGACCGGAUUAUCAAUGGGAUUCAGAAAAUAUGGACAAACCCUGGGACUUUAGUCUUGACAUGAGUGGAACAUUUGCGCGACUUGACAUGGUUGAGCACACUUGCCCCUUAAGUUUCCACAAAACAGAUGCUGUGAUCACGACAGAUGAGAGAUUAGCCUCUGUGUACAUUUAUGCCAUGGUGAACAUCCUUACCCACCUUGGACUAACCCGAAGUCAGACAUUAGGUGUGAUACAUGGAGUAGUAUUUGGACUGAAUUAUGAUGAGGUUGGAGACAAUUUGAAAAUAAGGGAAGAAGACCUCACAAAACAGCCAAAUCCUGAAAAUAAAUCAUUCCCAAUAUUCGACCUCAGCAGAGUUUGUGAGACAGAAACUCCUCUCUCUAAAUGCUUGAGCAACAAGGAGGAACUUCGCCAAGCAUUUGUGAAAAAAUAUCUUAGCAUUUUUGAAGAAUACCAGUUCAGAAUGAAAUUCCAUCUUACCCAGUGAAAUCAACUGAAAUGUUGAGUACAUCCUGACCCUGUCCUGGAAUAGUAAUGUAAGGCAAGGGGGGGGGCUGUUCUAUUGUCUAGCAAUACAUGUGGUGGCGAUGAAGGGGGAUUUGGAGGCUUUUGCGUGUGCACUCUUCAUCAUACAGAAAUGGCAGACAUGAAAGUUUUUAUGUUAUGAUUUGACGCAUCAUGUACUGUAUAUAUCUGUAUGUAUAUUGCAACUGUUUUCUAAGACUUCCAGUUACAAAUAAAACUAUUUUAAUUG